GCUAGUCCCUCUGAAGAUUAUUUUCAACCUCUUUUCAUCCUCCUUUCAUCAUCAUGGCCGAUUAUGGAGAGGUGAUAUACACAGCACUGGAAACUUUGAUCGCUGUGGCAUGCUGCGUGGGCAACAUGUUGGUGAUCUGGGCCGUGUGGAUGUGCGGAGCACUUAAGCAUGCUACCUACUGCCUCAUCUUGUCCCUGGCAGUGGCAGACAUCCUGGUAGGGGCCAUGGCCAUACCCCUGGCUAUAUUGGUGAAUGGACGCGCUGAGACGUCGUUUGAUGGUUGCCUUUUCAUCAGCUGUGUGGUCAUCGUACUGACCCAGGCCUCAGUCCUCUCCUUGCUGACCAUUGCCAUAGACCGCUACCUACGUGUUUCCAUACCUCUGCAGUACAAAAGGAAAGUCAAAGUGAUACAUUCAUGGACAGCAGUGGCCAUAUGCUGGGUAACCGCUACUCUGCUGGGGUUUAUUCCCAUGUUUGGAUGGAGCAACCGUGACUCUGCAGCACAUUUCAACACCACCAUCAAGUGCCAUUUCUUGACUGUCAUACCCAUGUCUUAUAUGGUUAAUUUCUGCUUCCUCAGCUGCCUUUUUCCUGCGAUGAUUAUCAUGACUGUCCUUUAUUGCUACAUCUUCUGCACAAUAUCUCAGCAACUGAAGAGAGGCUCUGGCUGGACUGUCAAUUCCCGUGCAUAUUACAUUAAAGAGCAGAAGCUGGCCCGUUUGCUGGCCCUGAUUCUGACUCUGUUUGCAGUCUGUUGGCUGCCUCUACACAUCAUGAAUAUCCUUAAUUUUUAUAGCCACUGUGUUUCCCACAAUGCUUUCUAUGUCGGCAUCCUCCUCUCACACUUAAAUUCAGCAGUGAACCCUAUUGUGUAUGCUUUCAAAGCACCAAGAAUAAAAGAGCCAUUCAGGAAGGCCUGGAGGAAGCUUUGCCUCGGUCAGGCAAAACAGCUGAGGGUCCAGGGGGGCCAGAAAGCAGAGGAUAAUGCUAACAGCACCACAACCAGCACUGCGAAAUCAACCUGACCACAAUACCACAUUUAUUUCCAUGUUACACAGCAAGGGAUGUCCCACCAUGGUUCCCUUUUCUGGUUUACUUGCUUUGAUCAGAAUUGCAAAUCAUAAAGGGCACAGUCAACUUUGCCUUUAUGUAAACACAGUGUGAUGAUUGUUUCAAGUAACUUACGGUGGCUAGCACCUUGACAACUUUACAAUACUGCAAAAUAUGUUCAUUUAAGCCUCUUUUCUGAAUUGGUUUUACCAACCAUGAUUAAUGGAUUGACUUCCUAUUACUGUGUCUUAAUUUAAUGACCUUUGAAUAGUAAUCAUGUAUUACUGGACUACAAAACAAGAUCUGCAAUGUCCUUCUGAUUCAGAAAUGAGUACCAUAUGGGCUAUGUAAUGUUUAUCAUUUUUAUCAGCAAAUUCAUCUUCACAGAAUGAAUGUAUAAUCUCACAAUCUUAAUUUCCUUUUGUAAUUUCUGCUUUCAAUAGGUCUAUUACCCAGGUCUAUUACAUCUGAAACAGAACCUCGUUAUUUAUGUACAAUUCUGCAGGGCAUUCUUGUUUUAAAAAGUAGAGUUACAGACUCAUACACUAUUUUUCAAUCAGGAUCGAUUACAAAAAACAGACUAUCAUUCAUUCAGAAUCAAUGAGACACACAGACUCUUUCAUUCAGGAUCAAUUACAGACAUAUAGACUAUUAUUCAUUCAAGAUCUUUUUUUUCCCAACAACACUGAUAACAUCAUUCAGGAUCAUUAUUUUCUAAAAUACUAUUGUACUUUUCAUGUAAAAUGUCUUUCAAAUCUAAGCAAUGUUUUGCAUUUUUAUUACCAAUUCUAUGUUCGUUCCUCUUGAAAUUCCAAAUGACAGAUACUGUAUCUCAAGGAUACAAAGCCAAGAAGAUAACUUAAAGGAUAUGAUUUUGGACAGGAACAGUACACUCUCCCAAGUGCCAGGAUUAUCAAUAGAAACAAAUAAUCAAAAAACAAAACAAACAAACAAACAAACAAAAAAGACACAAAAUUAAAAAUAUAUUAACCACUGUUUUCAAAAUUUGUAGGGCUUGGCCAUAAUUUGGCCAAUAAAAAUUACUUUAGCUGCUUGCUUUGACAGUUCCUUAGCAAUGGGCUACUUAAUUGAUUUUCUGGCACAGGGCCACAUGGAGGUGAGCCAGCACAUAAAACAUCUGGGGAAUGUUAAUGUGGACUCAGGAGAAAGGAGUGUGUGGGCUAUCUGUGCACGAUUAGCUUCUCUCAUUACAGGCCUAUUGGUUAUUUCACACACAGUGUGGGGCCCCUUGAGAUCUGUUGCACCAGUCACUCUGUUCUGCCACUGCAGAGAGAAUUUAUAAUGGUUAUUUUGUUCUUUUGCAUAUUUACUGUGUUUGAAAAAAAUAUCUGUUCAUAUAAACCUGCCAGCUGAGGAUUUGUAUAGUUGCACAGUUGCAAGCACACCUUUGUCAUACAAUAGUCGAAGCUACAAGGAUAUUUAUAACAGUCAGUUAUAGUGUGACAGUAUGCAAUUAAAUUUCACAAAAAAAAUGAUUAUGGUGGUAGAAACAAACCACUAUAACCUUUUAACUCCUGUUAACAAACUAUUAAAAUCAUAGGACCUGCUAGCCAGUUCAGAAUCUCAUUGCUCUUUAACCUACAUACCUUUUGUAUUAAUUUCAAUGACAUUACCAAAUAAUUCACAGUUGUUACUAAAUAAUAUGCCAUAGAGUGUUCAUUAGAGAAUCAGGGAGUUUGAAAGGUUAAACAUUUUUUAAAAGUGCAGUAUAAUAAAAUACCUGGGCACAGAACCAAAUCUAUUAGCACCAUUAUGAUACCUUGAUUCAAUGAUAACUUGAAAUUUUACAUGAAAGUGAGAAUAUGGCAACUGUUUGCAUAUACAGUGUUUAAGGCCACAGAAGGCAGUAAAACCUGUCUCAUUAUGACUCAUCAUGACAUUUUAUUUGUUAGAACACUGGCAGGUAUUUGAGACAUGCUUCUCUUCCCCAAUUGGAUCUACUCUAAUCAGGUGAUUAUUUUGUGUUUUUUGUAACAUCUUUUCUGUAUUUUUAAAUUUUUAAAUUUUUUUGCAAAUAUUAUAAUUUUGCACUUUCAUUAUAUCAGAAUCUGCUUGUUCAGUUCGCAUAAAGCUAUUUUUAUUGUUGUACUGAAAAAAGACAACUCUGAGUUUCAAGUUGUGGGCAAAUAUAGCUGACAUAAGAUUACACUGUUCUGACCAUCUCAUCUAUUAUUCAGAAUGUCUACUCUUAAACUCACAACUUAAAAUGUUCAUGGAAGAUGGGACAGGGAGUCUUGACAUGUACAAACACAGCCAUCUGUGCUCUUGCACUAGUUUUGCAUUUUGUAAAGGUACAUAAGAAUUAUAUCUGCU